AUGGCAUCUAUCAGCAGUCCUUAUGAUGAAGCACGUCAUCAUGUGGAGAACUUAGUCUCUACCAGUGGACUGCCUUUGGAUGAGAGUUAUAUUCCAGAUGAAGUGGAAUUCUCUAACAUGAACGAAAUCGAUGAAAUGGGGGAGGCAUUGGAAGCCCCUCUUUCCCCGUAUGCAUGCUCCUAUUGCAACCUGGACUCUUCCAAGUGUGUUGUCAAGUGUAAUAUUUGUAAUAAGUGGUUCUGCAACUCCAAAAAUGGGACAUCGACAUCACACAUCAUCAACCACUUUGUGUUAUCUCAUCAUAAUAGCGUCUCUUUACAUCCCGAUUCAGACCUAGGAGAUACAGUCCUUGAAUGUUACAAUUGCGGCUGCAGAAACAUAUUCGUUCUAGGCUUCGUGCCGGCCAAAAGUGAAGCCGUAGUCGUUAUUUUAUGUCGCCUACCGUGUGCCCAAGCAAAGAAUGUCAGCUGGGACACAGAUCAGUGGCAGUCUCUGAUAGACAACAGACAAUUUUUGCCAUGGGUUGCGGAAGAGCCCACUGAUGAGGGACUUCUGCGGGCAAAGAUGAUAUCACCCAGCCAAAUAUCCAAACUUGAAGCUAAGUGGCGAUCCAAUAAGGAUGCAACGAUUAGUGACAUUGACGUUCCUGAUGAAAAGGAAGAAGUACCUCACGUUUUAAUGAGAUAUGCGGACGCAUACCAAUACCAGCGAUCUUUUGCACCGCUCGUGAAAAUUGAGGCCGACUAUGAUAAGCAAUUGAAAGAAUCACAAGCUUUGGAGCACAUUUCAGUAUCAUGGACUUUGGCACUUAAUAAUAGACAUCUGGCAUCUUUUGCAUUGUCAACUUUUGAAUCAAAUGGUUUGAAGGUUGCAGUAGGUGAUGAGAUGAUUUUGAGGUACUCUGGGGUUCAACAUCCACCUUGGGAAGGACGUGGUUACAUUGUACGCUUGCCCAAUAGUUUUCAAGAUCAACUGACUUUGGAACUGAAACCGAACAAAAAUGCGCCACCCACACAUCUUAACACAGGUUUCACUGCGGAGUUCGUCUGGAAGGGGACCUCCUAUGAUAGAAUGCAAGAGGCUAUGAAGAAGUUUGCUGUUGUCAAAAAGUCAGUCUCUGGGUUUUUAUAUUACAGAAUUCUCGGCCAUGACGUCCCUGACCUUGAGUUUGAUGUGGACCUGCCAGAACAGUUCUCUAUCCCUCACUUUACACAAUUAAACGUUUCCCAAGCCAGCGCGAUUAGACACGUUCUUCAGCGCCCUCUUUCUUUAAUUCAAGGACCCCCAGGUACAGGUAAAACGGUCACUUCAGCCACAAUUGUCUAUCACCUUUCAAAGCUACAUAACGAGCGAAUUUUGGUUUGCGCUCCGUCUAAUGUUGCAGUUGAUCACCUUGCUGCAAAGCUCCGUGACCUAGGGCUCAAAGUUGUUCGUCUGACCGCUAAGAGUCGUGAAGACGUCGAAAGUUCAGUUUCUAAUCUAGGGCUUCACAAUUUGGUUUCUCGUUCUGCCAAGGGAGAGCUCAGAAAACUCCUGAAGCUCAAGGAAGAUGUCGGCGAACUGUCCUCCAUUGAUACCAAAAAAUUUGUAAAGCAGGUUCGAAAAUCGGAACUUGAAAUUUUGAAAAAAGCUGACGUCGUUUGCUGUACCUGUGUUGGGGCGGGUGAUAAGAGACUAGAAGCGAAGUUUAGGACCGUUCUGAUUGAUGAAAGUACACAAGCAUCAGAACCUGAAUGUCUGAUCCCAAUUGUGAAAGGUGCUAAACAGGUGAUUCUCGUAGGAGAUCACCAACAAUUGGGCCCUGUUAUUCUUGAUAAAAAGGCCGCGGAUGCAGGCCUUAAACAAUCACUCUUUGAAAGAUUAAUCUCAUUGGGCCACAUUCCUAUCCGUCUAGAGGUCCAAUAUCGUAUGAAUCCUCACCUGAGCGAAUUUCCAAGCAACAUGUUUUAUGAAGGCAGCUUACAAAAUGGUGUUACUAUUGAACAACGUACAGUUGCGAAUAGUACUUUCCCGUGGCCCAUCUAUGACCUUCCUAUGAUGUUUUGGUCAAAUUAUGGUCGGGAAGAAAUUUCUGGUAACGGCACUUCAUAUUUGAAUAGAAUUGAAGCCAUGAACUGUGAGCGUGUCAUCACUAGACUGUUCAGGGAUGGAGUGAAACCGGAUCAGAUUGGUGUUAUAACACCCUAUGAGGGCCAGAGGGCGUAUAUUGUUCAAUAUAUGCAGAUGAGUGGAUCUUUGGAUAAGGAAUUGUACAUGAAUGUGGAAGUGGCUUCAGUAGAUGCCUUCCAAGGUCGCGAGAAAGAUUAUAUUAUUUUGUCAUGCGUUCGCGCGAAUGAACAGCAGGCGAUAGGUUUUCUAAGCGAUCCUAGACGUUUGAAUGUCGCUUUAACGCGCUCGAAGUACGGGCUCGUUAUUUUGGGCAAUCCUCGCUCACUCUCAAGAAAUAGCUUGUGGAGUCACCUCUUGGUUUAUUUCAGAGAGAAAGGAUGUUUAGUGGAAGGUGCUUUGGACAAUUUGCAGCUUUGUACUGUCCAACUUACUCGGACCACCAGUUCUCGACAUUCAAGGAGACCUGACCCACGCACCGCAGCUUUCAGCAAUCCCUCUGAUUUCGGUCAAAUGAGCUUCACUGAUUUCGAUACUCAGAGCCUGAUGUCCUAUGGUGGUCUUGACGGGCUUGAUUUUGGGACCAACAACCAAUUAAACUCAUUUUUAGGUAAAUCUGGGCCCCCUGGGCAUCCAGCACGCGCGCCGGCCACUGCAGAAAACAACGAGUUUGACGUGAACCUGAAGUUUGACUCCAGCCUCGCGCGCGGUUUACAAAACUUUAAUGGCGCAGCCUCCAAAUACGAAACUGAUAAGAGUGAGGCAAGAGCACUUGAAGCUAUGGGUACUUUGCGCAUUUAA